ACGGAAACCACGUGGUAUUUACUUAAGUUCUCAUAUUGAUCCUUUCAGGUAUACAGGAGUGAUGGUAUCUGUAAUAUCCAAUGGAUUGCUCUGAUACCAUAUAAGGUAAUGUGAAACUGUAUCAAUUAUUAAUUAUUAAUGAGGCACACCCACCCACUGCACUGUGUGUGUGUGUAUAUAUAUAUAGUUAAGUUGUUGCUCAUGCACUUAGCUGUAAGAUAUGGAUUAUGAAGAUGAUGAAACGUUGUUCAUUUUGGAAGAGAAUUACAACUUUACACUGAACCCUCUCAUCAAUGGUCCUGCACUAGCCAGUAUUGUGGGCCUGGAGCUGUUUGCUGGCUUCAUCACUAAUUCCUUAUUGCUUGCACUAACUGUCUUUCAGUGGAAGAACUGGAAACUGCCUUCAACAGUAUUCCUUACUAACCUGUUGCUCUGUAACCUACUGCUGGUACUACUAGUGAUGCCAUUCACCAUUAUUACAGGAGCUACUGGUGAGUGGGUUUUUGGGAGGAAUCCUGUAGAAAAGAGAACAGUCUGUAGGAUAAUUGCAUUCAUCUUCUGGUAUGGUAUUACUGUGUUCACAUUUGGACUAGUCAUAUUGUCAUUUGAUCGGUUCUUUUAUGUUGUAAAAGCAGUUGCUUACAAGAACAGAAUGACCAUUAAGAAAGCUGUCACCAUUGUGAUAGCCACAUGGGUUGCAGGAGGUGCAUUGAAUAUAACUCCAUUCUUUGGUAUGGGGAAAUAUUCAUUCAUUGCUUGCUGUGGAGUUUGUGUUCCAAGAUGGGCUGGAGAACCGGAGUAUAUUGUGUAUAUACUAAUAAUAUAUGUCACUUGUAUUCUGAGCAUUGUUGUUACCUCAAUUUGGACCUGUAUCUUCACAAGAAGGUUUCUUGGGAAAGAUGAGCGACGGACCCGAUUUGUAUCUCAAAACACUAGAAGUCAUCUUUAUGCAACUAAAAAUCAAAGGCUUCUCGGGUUAUUUGGAAUGACAGUUCUUGUACAUCUCCUGUGCUAUCUUCCUGGGAUAUCUUCAUCAUUCCUUGAGCUGUUCAUUCCAGUACCAGUACAACUGUACACUACAAUGUAUGUUGCAUUCUUAAUGGCUGCUACACUUGGACCAUUAGUCCAGUCUUUCUUCAGGAGGGACAUCAGGGAGACAUUGAGCCAGUUAUGUGGUGAAAAAUUUAAAGUGUUUGCAGUCAAUAGAUCAUUCAUUAGUAGCAGUAGCAUUAAAGUAAACACUAACUCAACUUGCCUUUGAGUCUGGCCAUAUUGUUUUAUUUCCAUGCUAUUUGUUUUUCAAAAAACAGUUAAUGUAUCAAUUACUUACUAUUGUUUUCAUUUAUUGUAUUCAAUUUCACAUUGUUAUGUACACACAGUUUUACUGUAUAAGGACUUGUUUGUAUUUAUAGUUGCAUUAAGAAACAAAACUUUGGUGCUGACAGUUAA